AUGGAUCGUGAAAAUGGCAACUUCAGUCCCAAGCGACGCAAAUUAGACUUCAACCCCUUACGCUCAGACGAUCGAUAUUCAUCCCUCCCUACCCGAAGCAAUAACGCGCAAACCGAAUUCGAUGGGCCGGAACCGUUGGUCAGUCAAGAAGAUCAGCUUGCCCUAGAUCGUGACUGGUACGGUGGCGAUGAGACGGGCGGGCACAUCUUCGGCGAUGAUUCGCACAAUCCAUUCGGCUCGUAUGAUACAUCAUGGGUUGAGCAACAGCAGCGAGAAGCGCAGAUGAUUGAGAGGAAGGCAGGCAAACAGAUGAAUGCGCGUCAAUUACAGAGGCAGAAAGACAACGAUGCGUGGGAGACGAAUCGUAUGCUUACCUCUGGUGUUGCUCAACGGCGCGGACUAGGAGAUGACUUUGACGAUGACAACGAAGGUACACGUGUUCAUUUGUUGGUACACGAUUUAAAACCUCCGUUUCUCGACGGCCGCACUGUCUUUACGAAACAGCUGGAGCCCGUACCCGCCGUUCGGGAUUAUCAGAGUGACAUGGCCGUUUUCAGCCGGAAAGGCAGUCGUGUUGUGAAGGAGCGAAGGCAGCAAAGGGAGCGCCAAAAGCAAGCGCAAGAUGCGACAAACAUGGCUGGAACCACGCUAGGAAAUCUAAUGGGCGUAAAAGAAGAUGAGGGCGAUAGUGCUUUACCUAUUGCUACAGAGGAUGAUCAAGCCAAGAAUAGCAACAGCAAAUUCAGCGAAGUCAUGAAGAAGAAUGACGGCGCCAGCAACUUCAGUCAGAGCAAAACCUUAAAAGAACAGCGGGAAUUCCUACCUGCGUUUGCCGUGCGCGAAGACUUAUUGAGGGUUAUAAGGGAUAACCAGGUAGUCAUAGUGGUGGGUGAAACAGGUUCUGGAAAGACUACCCAACUUACCCAGUUUUUAUAUGAAGACGGCUAUGGGAAGCAAGGAAUGAUAGGGUGCACACAACCUCGUCGCGUCGCAGCAAUGAGCGUUGCCAAACGAGUAGCAGAAGAGAUGGAAGUGAAGUUGGGGAGCACAGUUGGGUAUGCCAUCCGAUUCGAAGACUGUACAAACGGCGUUUUACUUCGAGAGUCUCUGAAUGAGAGAGAUUUGGACAGAUAUUCAUGUGUCAUCAUGGAUGAAGCUCACGAACGUGCCCUGAAUACAGAUCGGCGGAGAGAUCUCAAACUUAUUGUUACAUCAGCUACGAUGAACUCAAAAAGGUUUUCUGAUUUCUUUGGGGGCGCACCCGAAUUCACAAUACCCGGAAGGACCUUUCCCGACUAUGUUGACCAGGCAGUUCAGCAAGUUCUAUCGAUUCAUGUAUCUAUGGGCCCUGGAGAUAUUCUUGUGUUCAUGACCGGACAAGAAGACAUCGACAUUCUACCUAUUUACAGUCAAAUGCCAGCAGACCUGCAAGCCAAAAUCUUUGACAGGGCGCCGCCAGGUGUACGGAAGUGCAUAGUGGCAACCAAUAUUGCUGAAACAAGCUUGACCGUUGAUGGUAUUAUGUAUGUUGUCGACGCGGGCUUUUCGAAACUGAAAGUUUACAAUCCUCGGAUGGGAAUGGAUACCCUACAGAUCACGCCUAUAUCGCAAGCUAAUGCCGGACAGCGAGCUGGCCGAGCGGGUAGAACAGGCCCGGGAAGAGCAUUUCGCCUCUUCACCGAGAAGGCAUUCAAAGACGAACUAUAUAUCCAAACAAUUCCCGAAAUCCAACGAACCAACCUUAGCAAUACCGUUUUGCUUCUCAAGUCGCUGGGAGUUCGUGAUCUUCUCGAUUUUGAUUUCAUGGAUCCGCCACCGCAGGACACGAUCACCACAUCCAUGUUCGACCUGUGGGCUUUGGGGGCCUUAGAUAACCUUGGGGAACUGACAGACUUAGGUGCCAAGAUGAACGCUUUUCCCAUGGAUCCAUCGUUGGCAAAACUCCUAAUCAUGUCGGAACAAUAUGGGUGCAGCGAAGAGAUGCUGACCAUCGUCUCGAUGUUGUCCGUCCCGAACGUGUUCUAUCGGCCAAAAGAACGCCAGGAGGAGUCAGAUGCUGCGCGGGAAAAGUUCUUCGUUCCCGAAUCUGAUCACCUUACCUAUCUACAUGUCUACUCUCAAUGGAAGUCCAACGGCCAUUCGGAUGGAUGGUGUACUCGUCAUUUCCUGCACCCAAAAUCCCUACGCAGGGCGAAAGAAAUCCGCGAUCAGCUACUCGACAUCAUGAAGAUGCAGAAAAUGGAGAUGGUCAGCUGUGGUACGGAUUGGGAUAUCAUUCGCAAAUGCAUAUGUUCAGGUUAUUAUCACCAAGCCGCCAAGGUCAAAGGUAUCGGCGAGUAUAUCAACUUGCGAACUUCGGUCACGGUCCAACUUCACCCUACCAGUGCACUCUACGGCCUCGGGUUUCUCCCUGAUUACGUAGUAUAUCAUGAGCUGAUUCUCACGUCAAAAGAGUAUAUGUCAACAGUGACCUCGGUCGAUCCACACUGGCUCGCCGAGCUCGGUGGCGUAUUCUACUCGGUGAAAGAAAAGGGGUACUCUGCCCGAGAGAAACGUGUCACGGAGACCGAGUUCAACCGGAAAAUAGAGAUCGAGACGAAAAUGGCAGAGGAUAAAAGGCGGCAAGAAGAGCAACAGAAAAUGGAGCAGGAAAGAUCGGUCAAGAAGCCCGCAGCAGAGAAGGCGAAGAAGAUCAUCACGUCUGGGGCGCUUAACGACCUGGGCGUAGCGCGGUCCCCGGUCAAUUGCUUUGAGAAACUGCUUGAUGGCGUCGGGACUGCCCUGUGCCUCGCCCUCAACCUUGAUUAUAGGAUUAGCCAGGUACACGGUGAGUCGCCGCAACCAGUAUUAUUUCGUGGGAAGAAACGCAAGACUUAUCGACAACGGCAUGGCACCGAAGACGAAGAUGGAGCAACAGCUAACCCCAUAGAUCCCGUCAUUGAUGCGGUGAACGCCAGUACCACCCGAGCCUCAACCCCCGAUCCCAUUACGGCAUCCACAGAUAAAGAACGAGAUGAGGCGCUCUCAAUACGCGAGGCACUCCGCCUUCGCAAUGCGCGGAAGUCGAGAUUACGCGGCGUCGCCUUUGGCGUAGAAGACAACGCACAACCAGGGGGUCCGGCCAGCGGAGACGACGAGUUAAACCAGAUGAUACGCGAGGAAGAGAAGAAGGCCAUGGACCAAACCAUAGUGGCAGCGAACAAGCGCUUUGCGCCUCAGACAGGUCUUUCUGGGGAGAUAAUCAACAAGCACAUGGAGGAAUACAUAGAGGCCGAACUGGCUAAGAGACAUUACAUGGCCAUGGGCCCUCAAGUGUCAAGUUCAUCCAAUCAGCCAAGCGGAAGCGCAGCGCAGACCGAAUCGACGGCCGACAAAGGCGAGGAAAAACACACCGCUUUGACGGGCAAGCUAUUCGAGGUAGAUCUCGGCGACGAGGUCCGCAGCCGCAACGAAGCCAUGACGGAUCGUGCCAGGCGAAAGCUACAAGGUCUAGCCGUCGAGGACGAUGAAAACGGCGAGCGGCGGAAGAAAGUCCGGCUUGGGAGAGACGGCAAGCCCUGGCGCCCGAAGAACAGGCGAAACAGCGACGACGUCAAGAGAGACCAGCUUGUAGAAGAGAUCUUACGAGAAAACAGACUGGAUGUAUAUGAGGCUCCUACGCCUCCGUCGGGAGGAGGAGUCAAUCCCGGCGAAGAAGACGACGUCGCCGCCGACGAUAGGAUAGCCGAGGAGUUCCGCCGUGAAUUCCUCGACGCCAUGGCCGAGCGGCAGCGGCGAAAGAAGCCUGUCGGCCCGCCGACCAAGCCAGGCGCCAAGAAGGAUGAAGAAGUCCUCAAGGGGCCGAAGCUCGGCGGCAGUCGCAACACGCGGGCCGCCAUGAGGGACUUGCUUCUCAAGAAGGAGAAGGAGAAGGAAGGGAAGAGAUAA